AUGUCUUCCGCCGUCGUCCCCGCGGACGAUAUCCUCGAGCCCACUCUCCAAAACAUCCUCGACCAAAAAAGCCUACGAUGGAUCUUCGUUGGUGGAAAGGGUGGUGUUGGCAAAACAACCACCUCGUGCUCUCUCGCCAUUCAGCUUGCCAAAGUCAGGAAGUCGGUCCUGUUGAUCUCCACCGACCCUGCGCACAAUUUGAGUGAUGCCUUUGGGCAAAAGUUCGGCAAGGAAGCGAGACUCAUCGAUGGGUUUGACAACUUGAGCGCGAUGGAAAUUGAUCCGAGUGCGAGCAUGCAGGACCUCAUGGCUGCGGGUGGGGACCAAGCGGAGGAUAUGGGAUUUGGAUUGGGAGGGAUGAUGCAAGAUUUGGCGUUUAGUAUACCCGGUGUUGAUGAAGCCAUGUCCUUUGCGGAAGUGUUGAAGCAGGUCAAGUCCCUAUCGUAUGAAGUUAUUGUUUUCGAUACUGCGCCAACCGGCCAUACUCUCCGCUUCUUGCAAUUUCCGACCGUCCUCGAAAAGGGUCUUGCCAAAUUAUCUCAGUUGUCAAGCCAGUUUGGCCCAAUGCUAAACUCUGUCCUGGGCGCAAGAGGGGGCCUGCCAGGGGGCCAGAAUCUCGACGAUGUUUUAUCGAAGAUGGAGUCCCUCCGGGAAACCAUCAGCGAAGUUAAUACCCAAUUCAAAAACGCAGACCUCACCACAUUCGUGUGCGUAUGCAUUGCAGAGUUCUUGUCCUUGUAUGAGACGGAGCGGAUGAUUCAGGAGCUGACAAGUUAUCACAUUGACACCCAUGCCAUUGUCGUUAACCAGCUUCUCUUCCCUGGAAAGGAUAGCACAUGUGAUCAGUGCAAGGCGAGGCGGAAAAUGCAAAAGAAAUAUCUAAACGAGAUUGAAGAGUUAUACGAGGAUUUUAACGUGGUUCGAAUGCCUCUACUAGUUGAGGAGGUUCGGGGAAAGGAGAAACUUGAAAGAUUCAGUGAUAUGCUUGUACAUCCAUAUCAGCCCCCCCAAGAGUAG